GGGACAGGAGAGCCUGGUGGGCUGCCGUCUAUGGGAUCGCACAGAGUCAGACACGACUGAAGCGACUUAGCAGCAGCAGCAGCAGCAGCAGGGGACCUGUAAGGCAUCUCAAGGAGGAGUACUUAAUGAGUUUUAUUUGGUAUGUUGAAUUACAUGGGAAGUAUUGUCAAAGGAGUGGUAAGCUUUUGAGGAUUUACUGUAUGGGUAAAUGUUACUACUGUAGACGUGAAGUACUGGCUUUGGAAAAAUUUGGUUUUCACAAAAGCAUAAUGAAAGCCUGAAUUCAGUAUUGCUUACUUUGCCCCCUGAAAUAACACAGCUCUAUUGAGACAAUCCCUUGGCAGCUGGAAGAUCAAGGGGGAAAGAGUAAGCAACUGAGGGGCAAGCUAUGACUCUUAGAGCAAAAAGGGACAGCCCUCCAUUACCAAAUAGCACUUCUUACAGGGCCUUUCUGACGCGUUGUUCUUGUCCAUGUUCUGGCACCUUAUCGUUUUGAUAAGGGUAACAAAAGGAUUGGUUACUGAUUAAACUAUUAUAUAUGGUUAUAAUGUUUAUGGAUUCUGUCUGGAAUAUUACUGAUUUUUUAUCUCUGUUUUUUCUCUUCCCUAUGUCUGGAGAUAUCUGGAGAUAUAAGGAAGCCCUUCCUUUCAAGUUACUCAUGACUUCGAGCAAUUUGUCAAACUAUACUUCUACGACUUGGGCUACUUCACAACAAGCCUCCCCCAGACUGCCAGGUUCAGACUGGUUUUCAGGCUUAUUCUCCUGAAUGUAUACAAGAUCUUUCUACACAAGAGUCAUAUCCAGGACUUGGAACUCAGGGGUAUUUUCAACUUGGUAGCCGUUCCCCAAACCAGGGUAGGACUGUGCCCCAUUUUGGCAGGAGGUAGCUAGAGCGCUCAUCACCCCAUUCCCUGAAAGACAUGGGGAAGGAUGAAAUGGAAUUGGAGGUUGAAACUGAGUGCCUCUAAAACCAAGUUCCUCUGCCGAGUUUAAACAUACUCCCGUGUUAUCUUCAAGACUGAGGAGUAUCAAAGGAAAGGGGGGGAAUUGUAACAGAGCCACUGAGCACAUCCAGUACUGGAUGCAAACAGUCAUUUCUGUGCAUCAUUUCUCUGUACCCUGUACCAGACAACGGAUGCUGCUCAGCCGCUGGCCGAUGCCUCAGAGGACCCUGCCCACAAGCAACCAACCAUCAAGAAUUGACAGUGAACGGAUUCAGACAGCGUGGAGUGGUGGUUCUGAGGAGGAGAAUGAGGUGUGGUGGAGCUGGACUGAUUUGUCCACUUCCUUCUUCCUGGAGUCGCCAUAUCCCCUCCCAGCGUGACCAACUGUUCCUCCGCCCGAAGCCUCCUGGUCGGCUGCUGUCUGCCCUGCACGCUGCCCCUCCAGAAUUUGAGCCCGGUGGCUACGAAGGCACACAGCGCAGGUGCCAAGAGGAGCUACCCUGUGCCCAAGGUAAGGAGCGGUGGCUGCGCUUUGCUGGAGCAGCCUUGAAGAGAGACCCCACAUCCAAAGUAAGAGAAACCCAGCUGCUCCAAAUCAUGUAUCCACCCGGUUGCGCCAAGGUGAAGUGUUCCUGGCACCACUGUCUUCCCGGGCUGUUGCUGCAGCUGCUUCUGGCUCUGUGCUUCUUCUCUUAUCUGCGUAUGUCUCAAGACAAGCCCAAGCCCACGUGGGUCUCUGAACUGGGGGCCCCUUCCCAGGCCACUGAGGGGUCCUCCGCCCACCUGCCUCUGCGUGUCCUGCUGUGGACGUGGCCAUUCAACCAGCCAGUGGCUCUGUCCCGCUGCUCGGAGUUGUGGCCUGGCACAGCUGACUGCCAGCUGACCGUCAACCGAAGCGAGUACCCUCAGGCGGACGCGGUCCUCGUGCACCACCGGGAGGUCAGCAACCGGCCCCAGGUGCAGCUCCCGCCAUCCCCGCGGCCCCCUGGCCAGCGCUGGGUUUGGUUCAGCAUGGAAUCGCCCAGCAACUGCUUGAAACUGAAGGACCUAGAUGGCUACUUCAACCUCACCAUGUCCUACCGCCGGGACUCAGAUAUCUUCAUGCCCUACGGCUGGCUCGAGCCAUGGCCCGGCCAGCCCGUGGAGACGCUGCUCAACAUCUCAGCCAAGACCAAGCUGGUGGCCUGGGUGGUGUCCAACUGGAAUAAAGACUCUAUCAGGGUGCAAUACUACAAGCUGCUGAAGCCACACCUCCAAGUGGACGUGUACGGACGCUUCCACACGCCACUGCCCCACGCACUCAUGGCCAAGCAGCUGUCCCAGUACAAGUUCUACCUGGCUUUUGAGAACUCCCUGCACCCCGACUACAUCACAGAGAAGCUGUGGAAGAACGCCCUGCAGGCAUGGGCCGUGCCAGUGGUCCUGGGCCCCAGCCGGGUCAACUAUGAACAGUUCCUGCCACCUAAAGCCUUCAUCCACGUCGAAGACUUCCAGAGCCCCAAGGACCUGGCACAGUACUUGCUAGCACUGGACAAGGACUACGCCAGCUACCUGAACUACUUCCGCUGGCGGGAGACACUGCGGCCUCGGUCCUUCUCUUGGGCCCUGAUGUUCUGUAAGGCCUGCUGGAAGCUGCAGCAGGAGCCCAGGUACCAGACGGUGCCCAGUAUCGCAUCUUGGUUCCAGUGAGCUGGCCAGCCUGGCACCUGCACUGCUGAGUAUCUGGGGACCUUGGUGGCUGGAGCUCUCCCUUACCUGGGGCUUCACCUACUGGGCACCUCUGCUUCCAGGAGUCUUUCCUCCCUGGGAGCUCGCUUGCUAGGAACUUUACCUGGUGGGGGCAGGGGUGAGUUGCCAGGGGCUAUGGCUGCCCCUGGGGAACUUGCCUUGGCGUCCUGACCACUGGUGAUGGCUCUGGUGGACUGGUUUGUGAUUACUGCUGCUGUUGAUGAACUGUCUCUGGGGUAUUAAGGUUGGCAAUACUGAUACUAUUUUCCAGAUGGGAAUGCUCUGAGGAAAA